GAUCUGACUGGGGGCAAGUGACUGCAAUGAACAGUCCAGAGUGCGCAGUCCGGGAGUCCUCAGCAGAUGUACAUCUGAAAUAAAGCGUCUGCAAUUUCACCAAAUCAUGCGGAGAGAAGACGCGUGCCCCUCAGCAAUUCCGUGAAUCCUCUCUAGCAGACGUGGGCAUCUUACCGAGGAAUCGCCUCGCAUUUCGAGAGUUCGGUUGCAAGGCAGAAGGACUUGAGCUGAGAACGUCCAGCGGAUUCCGCUUGACUCGGGGUUGACUGUCUGAGGCAACGGGGAGGGAGGGGAAAGAAAAACCCAAUAAGCAAGCAGCAGAUGUUGUAAAGUUUAACAGUAGCACACAACUUGGGCCCCGAGCAGCAUUGAAGCGAAUGGAGACUGCAGCAAGUGGAAAAGCAGGCGUUUCAGCCUGCUGGAGAAAUUAACCAGCCUAGAGACUGACCUUGAAUUCUCAGGAACCCGCAAGCUUCAAAUUCACACCCCACGCCCCUUCUUUUUAACCUAGAAUCAAAUUCCUGGAAAAGAGCAAUGUGUACCGAGGGUUUCCAAUACCGAGCUCUGUUUGAAUACAAGAAGGAGAGAGAAGAAGAUAUCAAUUUAUUGCCGGGGGACGUUCUGACCGUGAGCAAGUCAGUGCUGUUAACUGCCAAUUAUCAAGAGGGGGACGAGAAGAACCCCAAAGGAUGGCUAAAUGGUGUUAACGAAAGAAACAAAGAUAAGGGUGACUUCCCUGGAACCUAUGUUGAGUUUGUGGGGCCGGUUCGCAUUGUGCCUCCGACUCCCAAAGCAAGACCAAGACCUGUCCCUCCCACACCUGGCGGUGCUGCAGCGGCCAGCCCAGCUCUCACUUCUGUUCCCUCGGGGCAGGAGCUAACUGAACUGUUAACUUUGCCGGAUCAAGCACCACAGAUUGUGAUGAAGCUGACUGAAGCCUUGGAGAAGAAAGGUGCAGAAAAUGAUACCCUCUAUAGGCCUCCUCCUGGCUCACCAAGUGGUUUGGAACUCAAGGAAGCACUCGAAACUGAUAUGGCAGCUGUUGAUAUCGAUCAGUAUGACAUCCACAUCAUUGCAGGUGCACUGAAGCAUUACUUAAGAGGGUUGCCUUCACCUGUGAUUCCACCAGCUAUUUACAGUGAGCUAGUCUACACUGCCCAAGGAUACCAGUCAUCAACCUGUCCAACCUCUCCAAUUUACCGUCUUAACUGGUUACUCAUCCUUGGAUCCUUUGUGGUAAAGCAUUCAUAUCCUUCCUACAGUGUGGCACUCAGAACUAUGCAUAAUACUCCAGAAAUCCAGAACGUCGAUGAGUGUGUCCAACAAAUCAGAAGAAUUGUGGAAUCUCCCAGCCUGCCCCAGCAACACUGCCUUGUUCUGAGAUAUCUGGUGAAGCACUUCUGUAAAGUGUGUCAGAGUGAAGCUGCAAACAAUCUCACCCCAAGGCUACUCGGUGAAGUCUUCAGUGAUGUUUUCUUCAGGCAUUCAUUAUCAAGUGCUGAUGUGAAUCCAGAACACCACAUUAAGAUCAUUGAGGCACUUAUUAUGACUGGAGGCUUUGCUGAAAUGCAAGCUGCACCAGCUCUUCCUCCGAAGCCACCUAAACCCAUGACAUCAAUAACUGCCAAUGGAAUGAAAGAUAGUGGAAGCAUCUCUCUACAAGAUGCUGAAUGGUACUGGGGAGAUAUCUCUAGGGAAGAAGUGAAUGACAAGUUGCGAGACAUGCCAGAUGGUACGUUCCUCGUGCGGGAUGCUUCUACUAAGAUGCAGGGAGAUUAUACUUUGACCCUCAGGAAAGGAGGCAAUAACAAGCUAAUCAAAAUAUACCAUCGAGAUGGAAAAUAUGGCUUCUCUGACCCACUCACUUUUAAUUCUGUGGUGGAACUUAUUAACCACUACAGGCAUGAGUCCCUUGCCCAGUACAACCCAAAAUUGGAUGUAAAAUUAAUGUAUCCAGUCUCUAAGUUCCAGCAGGAUCAAGUGGUGAAAGAAGACAAUAUUGAUGCUGUUGGCAAAAAACUGCAGGAAUACCAUAACCAAUAUCAGGAUAAGAGUAAAGAAUAUGAUCGGCUUUAUGAAGAAUACACACGGACAUCGCAGGAAAUACAAAUGAAGAGAACUGCAAUUGAAGCUUUUAAUGAAACAAUAAAAAUAUUUGAAGAGCAGUGUCACACUCAAGAACGUUACAGCAAAGAAUAUAUUGAGAGAUUUCGGAGGGAAGGGAAUGAGAAGGAAAUUGAGCGGAUAAUGAUGAACUAUGAAAAACUGAAGUCUCGUCUUGGAGAGAUCCAUGACAGCAAGAUACGCCUGGAGCAGGAUCUGAAGAAACAAGCGUCUGAUAACCGGGAAAUUGAUAAGAAAAUGAACAGCAUUAAGCCUGACCUAAUUCAACUACGUAAAAUCAGGGAUCAGUACCUGGUAUGGCUCAAUCACAAAGGAGUGCGUCAAAAGCGAAUAAAUGACUGGCUUGGAAUCAAAAAUGAAAAUGUAGAUGACACAUACUUUAUCACUGAAGAAGAUGAAAACCUUCCUCACUACGAUGAAAAGACCUGGUUUGUAGGAGCUAUUAAUCGAACACAAGCUGAAGAUUUACUGCGAGGAAAGUCGGAUGGUGCCUUCCUAAUCAGGGAAAGCAGUAAAAAGGGCUGCUAUGCCUGCUCUGUGGUCGCUGAUGGAGAAGUGAAGCACUGCGUCAUUUACAGCACGCCAAGGGGUUAUGGAUUUGCCGAACCAUACAACUUGUACAGCACUCUUAAAGACCUGGUGCUGCAUUACCAACAAACUUCACUGGUCCAGCACAAUGACUCUCUGAAUGUGAGACUGGCUUACCCCGUCUAUAGCCAGCUGCCCUCUCUGCGUAGAUGAAUGUUUGAGUUGGCAAUGACAGAUUACAGAACACUGAGGGCAUUGUACUUGGCUGCUUUUGCACAGUGAGUACAGAAUAUGAACAGGACAGGGGCGUACUCAAGAGUUCAGGUGACCUGGUGCUACCUAAACUCCAACUGUGACUUUGUUUUUUGCUUUUAUUUCAGUCACAGAGAAACACAAAAAUAAACUGGAAAUGUAUCUUUUUCUUUGGUUUUUGUUUUGGUGUCAUUCGUGUGGAGCUGAAACUUAAGUCCAAACAGUCUGGUGCUGACGGCUCUAGGCUACUUAUCAUGAGAAUUUAAAAAUCUCCAACUUUUAGACGUUCUUUUUCAUGGAGCAGCCAUUGAGAACUCUAGUCUUAACUUCAGAUCUCUACAACAUCUAGUGCAACUCUGACGAGAGCACCCAUGUAUGGAGAAGACCUCUUUGCAUUUUUAGUUUAGUCGAUGUAUUCUUCUUGAACUAGACUUGACUAUGUUAUCUGAUUUCUUUCACUUGUCGGAGGACACUGAACUCUGUGUGAAAGAAGACCAAAGGCAUUCAGGAGAGCUUCUGACAAAAAAAAAGUUUAAAACUGGCAAAAUUUGAAAACAAAAAGUUGCACAAGGGUCGUUUUCAAUGUACUGGAGUACAAAUUGAAAAAAAAGAAAUACAAAUAAAGAACAUUUUAUGGCUUCUGUGACUCUGGAGCUCUUCACAAAACUAAAAUGAAUAGACCAGGGCAUCUUUUAAUGUUGGUUUUAGCAUUUAAAUGUUCAGUCAGAUGUCUGCAGCCGCACAUAUUUACACCAAAACUUGUGCUUUUAAAAAACAAAAACAUUAUGCAUAAUGUUAUUAACGUAGAACUGAAUUUUUGCAAUUUUACUUGAACCAGUCAUAUUUAACCCAGAAGGUGAGCAUCAAUACAUUGUUGUAAUGGACAAGUAAUUUAAAGCUAUUUAGAUUUAGGGUAAGGGGGAAAGAAACAGAAUAAUCUUGUUUUACUGUUCAUUCUUCUGGAUGGCAGAGAAAGAUCUUCUAGUCUAAAGGACCGAUGGGGAUUUGGCUGAGAGAGGGUGAAUUGGUGGUUGCUACCUAUUCCCAUUCCUGUAUAAAACAAAAACCCAUUAAGUUAACCUUUAAUAUUUUUUUUGAAACAAGCUGAUUCAACAUGACUUCUAUUGUGUUGUCAGUUUCUUUUUGGAUGUUGUGAUGAUGAUAUUUGGAUCUUAUGUGAACAGCUUAAUUUUGAAUAGAGUAAGAAACUUCUUUCAGAAUCCAUUGAGCAUGCUUCCUGGUAUGUUAUACCUUAAGAACAUGGCUCAUCCAGGAAAAGAGAGCCCCAUGAUGCACUGGGCUUUUUUUUUUGUGCAAUUCAAAAAAAAAUUUUGCAGAUGUUUAUGUAAGAAACAUAAAAGAUGGCAGCUAAUUUUUGAAUACUAAUCUCACUUUCUUAAAUUUGAUUUUGUUUUAAAUACUUCUUUUCAAAUCUGGAGUAGUACCUUCCAUAAUGUUGGUAAGUGUGCAAAGUGAUUUGUCUUCUUUUCUUCUGCUAACUGUCUACAAACCCCAGUACUGUUUAGUUCUGCUUUCUAAUGAGCACAGCAUGGUGUGCUGUGUGCCUCUCAUUUUUUUUUCCACUUCCCUUGGAGCAAUGGUCCAUUUUACUAGCAUUUGCUGCUGUUCAAAUUUCUCUGCCCUUUUGUUGUUCCAUAUAUGCAAAAAGUAAUGGACUCCAUGAAGAAUGCAGUUCAAGUGAACAGGAUGUAUUCUGUGUUUCUAAUUCUAUACCCAGGCAAUUAGGAUUUUAAAAAGUAUGGUAUGGUAAAAAGUUAUGUUUUUUUUGUGCCAUCCAGAUGCAGUUGAGUUUAGAAGUAUGUCGCGGUUAUGAUAUUACUGCAGACAUCUGAUGUAAUAUAUGCUAACAUUGUACUAGACAAAUGUAAGUCCAUCCCUAGGUCUUGAGGGCAGCUGGAGUUAAAUGUUGCCAUUGGGCUUUGUGAGGGCCCCUGUUCAACUGCAGAUCACAGGGAAAAUGGAAACACCUUUUUAAUUCUUCACUGUGCACAAAUUGGUGCUGGUGCUUCUCCACUGCUAUUAUUGGUGCAGCUGUAUCUGUGGCCCACUCACUAAAAGCUCUUUUUUCCGUACUUGAGCAGUCCUAUUUUGUUGUUGAAUGGUUUUUUUUUGUACUAGUGAAGUGAAUCAGACCCUGGAAUGGAGUUGAACAUUGUAUGUUUCCUGCACCCACAGGAAGUGGGUGGUGAGGGGAGGGGUGGAUGGGUAAGCAUACUGAAAAGGAUUGAAAUGCAAAUAUUGGAAGCACUGGAAAGGAUUCUGGAAAAACUUUUGAGUGUUUCUGCUAAUAUUUAGAAGAUUUUUUUUAGAAAAAGUACUUUAUCCUUCCCCAAGAGCCUUGUUUUAUUUAAAUACUAAGGCUGGGUAUUUAGGUCAAACUUUUAUUAAAUGUUUAAUAUUCAAGUACAAAAUGUGCCCUAUUUGGGAAGUUGUAGAAUAUUGAUUCUUCAUAGCAUUGCUAUGGAUGUCAUCUUGUAGUUUUAUCCCCUUCUUUGUAAGUUCUCUCCUGCCGCCCUUUGCCCCACCACCCCUACAUCGUACCACCAAUGAACCUUGUGCCAAACAAGAUUAUAAUCUUUUUGUGGUUAUAAAUUUUAUCAAACAGAAAAUACAGCCCAUUACCACACUUACUAGUAAGUGUCAUUCUGCUCUGUUGUGGAACAUACAGCUGCUGAUCCCUGAAUGCGUAAGCGACUUAUAUAUUUGAAACACUUCAUGGUGGUGCAACACUUCCAUUAGAUGCCUGAGAGGAGUAAGUGAAAUAAUAGGAAAAGACAAUCCUCCUCAUUAACUGUACUUUGGAGUCUGGCAAUGCGAGCAUUAUUCUCCACACUUGCCCUUGCAGCUAAAAUUUAGCCAAAAGACUUAAAGAAACUGUGAGGAAGAAAUGGGGCUAGGGAGAGGGGAAUAGCUUUGAGUUUAAAAAUUCAGUUUAAUAGGUUUCCUUUUGUGAAGUAAAUUGUUUGCAUGCUGACCUCUAUACACAUAGCGUACUGACCUCUAUACACACAAAUUUUGUCUGCUGUUUAAUUGGGGUAAAUUAGAAGGGUUGAACUGAACUUUUUUUUAUUAUUCAUUCAUGGGAUGAGGACAUCACUGGCUAGGCCUGCAUUAAUUGCCCAUCCCUAAUUGCCCAGGGGGCAGUUAAGAGUCAGCUACAUUUCUGUGGGCCUGGAGUCAUGUGUCGGCUAAACCAGGUAAAGAUGGCAGUUUCCUUCCCUAAAGGACAUUGGUGAACCAGAUGGGUUUUUCCAACAAUUGGCAAUGGAUUCGUGGUCAUUCUUUAAAUCAACAAUAUUGAACCUGAUGCUUCAGGUCAACAUUUUUUAUUAUUUAACUAAAUUUAAUUUGCAAAUGUAGUCAUCAGUUAAAGAUUAUUUCAAUCUUGAGUGAAAUGCUGAAGUGUCUGACUGGAGUAGGUGAAUACUUUUUUUUUAAUCCUGUCUGCCCUUUCCUCAUUUUCCCCAAUAACGUGAUCUGACUUCUCAGUGAAAGGACAGGUCAGUUUCUUUAGUGAUUUUUGUGGCUGUAGUUUAUAGCUGUUGUGGAGGCGACAAGAGAAGGAGUGAGUGUGAAAUGGGAUGCUUGUCAGCACUACAUCUCCAUACAGUUUGCAUUGUUGUGAUUGCUUUUGAGCAAAGAGAAGUCUUGCACCUGACAUCUUAGUGCAGGAGAAUCUUUUGCAAGACAUCUUGAAUCUAUUUAUAAAUGAUGUUUGUAAUUGAUUACAGUAUUUUUUUAAGAACUGGAAUAUCCCAGUGAUUCAGUCCUGGCUGGGAUUAAAGUUCUAGCUUGAUGAAAUUUCUCCUGUAUUAACCUGAGUGAGGUUGGGAGUGGAAGUAGAGCUGUAAUCAAACCCUUCCUUUUGAAUUAUUAUUUUACUUGAAACGUCCAAGGAGAUUCGUCACUGCAACAAACAUAUUUAUGAAGUGCAUUCAGUUCCUUGACACAUUGUAAUUUACCUGUGUGCAAUUGAAAUUGCCUUGAGUUUAGAUUUUUCCAGAACUGUUGAGAAUUAUUCAAUUUGUGGUGUUUUUGUAGCAGUAUGGUCUGAAAAAAACCAUGUCCAUUCAUCCACAGAUUGGGCUUCUCAACUUUGUUUUAAAAAUUGUUUUCUUUUUAAAGGGAAUUUUCCAGAACUAACACCAUACGCUGAAUAUACAAUACAUCUUUAAUUAAAAACCAAAUGGGAAGAAACCAAUAUUUCACACUCUUACUUCUGGGAUCUUGGUUUGAAAAUGGUGCCGUUGUUGAAUAAGCAUUCUUCUGUCUGUAAAGGCCCUCAGUAAAAUGAUGCUUAAUGAUUAGUACCUAAAAAUCAGAGGACUGCAAUAUAAAAUUGACUGCUAACUGACACUAAAUUGAUUUGUAACUUGGGCCUUGAAAAUAGCUGUGGUAACUGGUAAAUGAGAAAAAGUAAAAUUUCAAACUGCUAUGUAGGAAAUUGAUGACAAACAAAUAUGAUGGCAGAACAAAGAAGCUCUAUUCCUCACCUGCAUUUCACACCUGACUUAGGACUGCUUGUUGCUGACAGGAACAGCAUGGGAAGUGGUCUUCAUUCUCUAUUGGUAUCUGUCCUCUUAAUGAGCACAAAAAGUAUAAUUGUAAAAAAAAAGUUACAAGCAAACCUAUAUAACAGGUGGAGUGCUGAGUUUUUAAAAUUUUACCGUGUAUGACUAUUGCUUGUUUGUCGCAUUCAAUCAGUUGGUCAUGUAUAUAAUGCAAAGCAUAUUGCAAGGCCUGAUAAACUAAGGGGUCCUAAACAACAAGGAAGUGAUUAGUUUGAGUCAUUACAUAAUCCAUAGCCAAUCGAGAAAAGCGAUGCUGUAAUAUCUAAAGUACUAAACAAUCUUGAAAAUUUAAUUAAAAAUGAAUAAUUCUACCUGGUCAGCAGCUGUUUUCUCACUUUCAUGAUGAGUAUAUCAGGCUUCCCAAACUGAUUUUAAAUUUGAAGUAUUUCUAAAUUGGAAGUGCCUCUGAAUUCAACUUGCUCCAGCCUUUCUAGGUUGCUAAUUCAGCAUUGAAUGUAAAAGUACUCUUAAAUUCAACAUUCAUGUCCCAUUCCAAAAUUGCACUUUCAGCUGUGAGACUCUGAACCCUGAUUCCAGAUUUGUUUUUAAAUUUACUUAUUUUGCUGUAUUAUCAUCUAACUAAGCUUUUGUAGAACAUUUGUUUUUCCAACACUUACAAAGAAAACACAUUAUCCAUAAUAAGCUGAUGACAAAUAAUCCCCAGCCUUAGUAGAAAUUCUUUAUUAUUGAGCAAUACAAACGUUCCAAUACCACAGUCUGCAAUUGUAAACUUACUGUCCCAGACUUUUUUAAUACCUUUUAGUCAGUAUUCUGUUUGCACCUAGGUGUAAAGUGUGCUUUCAAGUUCUUUUCACGAAUGCAUUUUUUUUUACAAAGAGAAGUUCUAUCCUGAUAAUACUUGCUUUAUUUGAAUGAUUAUAUUCUUUGAUUGUUUUAAUUUUUUUUAUUAUAAAUUGGAUUGUUUUGGUUCUCUGCAGGACAGAAGGCUUUACAUGAUUUGUUCCAGACGGUGGGGUCAAAAAUCAUUUCUGUGCAUUUUCCUUUUUCUUUCUUUGUUUUGCUCUGUAGCUCUCACAUUGUCUCUCGGUCAGCCCUCAUGUUCUCGCUCGCUCUUGCUCUGUGGGGGCUAACUCUUUAUCUCACAAAAACCCUCACCCCCUCCCUCCCCACAACCUGCUUGCUCUGUCUGUCUUGCUUGUUCUGUCUUUUGCUCUUCUCUUUCAAAAAAAAAAUUCAUGCACUUUUCAAAGACAAAAACCCAGCAUGUAACUUAAAUAUGUUGACUGUUGUAUCUGUGUAUUUCAGCUUUGUUCAGUCUGUAAAUCGUGUAGUUUAAUAUGAACUUAUGUAGCUUACAAGAAAAGGUCACAUCGUGCAUUGCAGUCAAUAGAGUAGCAUCUGCUCCCAGUCCUGGUAUAUUAUACUUUACAGAUAACUGUAUACUGCACCAGGUUGUAUCAGUUGUACAGAUCUCUGUUCCUAGUCUGCAGCUGAGUCUUUUGUGACACCAAUAACUGGUCACAGCAUGUAUGGGAUUUUCUGCAUUAUAAGCAUUAAUUCUGUGUUUCACUCUCCACACAGUAACAGCUACUGUGUUCAGAAAUUUUGUGAUUUUUUUCCUUUUUGUCAAGUUGCCAUAACUUCAUAUUCAUCUAUCUUGCGGAAUAAAAAUGUAUUUUGUUCAGAA